AUGAGACCAAAAGAAUCAGAUGUGUAUAAGAGGAUUCGUUUGUUAGGAUAAGGAUCAUUUGGGAAGGCUUAUCUUUGUGAAUGUUUGAAAGAUCACUCUUUGUGCGUGAUUAAGCAAAUGGACAUGAGAUACUUAAACGAUUAAGAAAAGAAAGAAACAUACAGAGAGUUCAGAAUAAUGUCUGAAUUGAAGCAUCCAAAUAUAAUAAAUUUUAGAGAGGUUUAUAAGACAGUAAAAGGGAAAUUGUGUAUAGUGAUGGAUUAUGCUGAAGGUGGUGAUUUGGCUUAGGUGUUGAAGAAUACAGAUGGUUAUAUAGCAGAGUCUAGGAUUUUGGACUGGUUUACUUAAAUGUGUCUAGCAAUAAAACAUUGUCAUGAUCGUAAAAUAAUUCAUCGAGACAUCAAAACUUAAAAUAUGUUCCUGACUAAAGACAUGAGAAUACGAUUGGGAGAUUUUGGAAUAGCUCGAUUAUUGAACAACACUAGAGACAAAGCAAAAACAAUGGUGGGUACCCCUUAUUACUUGGCUCCUGAAUUGUUGGAAAACAAGCCAUAUAGUUUUAAAGGCGAUAUUUGGUCACUUGGAGUAAUUCUCUAUGAAAUGUGUGCCAAGACUCCGCCCUUUACAGCUGAUUCGCUAGCCUAAUUAGCUCUAAAAAUAGUGCGUGGUCAAUUUUAAGCCAUUCCAAACAUUUACUCCUCUCAAUUGAGAACCCUUGUGAAUUAGCUUCUAACAGUAAAUCCUGAGAAACGACCAGCAGUUCAUCAAAUUCUCAAGAUGCCUAUUAUCACAAAUCGAAUAAAGAAUUUCCUAUCAGAGACUAUGAAGAGAAGCGAAUUCGAUCACACAAUAUUACACAACCAACAGAUACAUUUGUCUGAUACAACUAUUCCUUUGAUUGACGAUCAGGAUGCAAAAGGGGAUGUAACAGAGCAAACCUCGAAAGAGAAUCACAUAAAGUAAUUGCCUGGAAUUAGGAGUCCUGCUAUCAAUUUAUAGAAACAAAGAAAGAAUAGUGAUCUCAAGAAAUUACCUGAAAUUAAAUUAUCCAAACCUGAGAGACCACCAAUUACAAGAUAACAAACCAGUCGAUAAUAACUAAAUCAAAAUCCAAAUUAAAGAGCUUUGCCAUCCACUCCAGAAGUAGGCAUUCUCAGUAAACAAAAAAAUGGUCGCUUUAUUACUAAAGAAAGUCCAGAUUCUUAUUAGGGUUCGGAUUAAGUGAUAGAGGAGGGAACCAAAUACAGUGAGCAAGAAAGUCCUAAAUUCUUUAAGAAAAACCUUGAGAUUAAACCUCAUAUCAAAAAUUUAAAGGGCCUAACCAAAUUGGAUUAAAUUCAGAAGAUCAAACUGGGAUUGAAAUCAGAGGAUGAAUGCAAGAAGCCUAUUUAUAGAGUUCAUGCAUAGCCUAAAAUGUUUGAAUAGAAGAAAUAGUAGGAACGCAAGGUUUCAGAGGAAAUUGUUUCUAGUCAUAAAAAACAGGAGGAACUAUAAAAUUAAUAGAGUCAUUUGGAAAAAAUCUCAGAAACUCCAGAAUAAAAAUUACUCAACUAAUCAACCAUUAGUGAUUUUCAAAAUUCAGAAGAAAACUAGGAUAAUAACAAAAAAUAAAGUAUUCUUACACCUGCUUUUGAAAUUCAUAAGGAAUUAUAAUAUCAAGUACUCGAUAUUAUUUAAAAGAAACCAGUGAAAAUAAUUAAAGAGUCAAUAUCUAAAACUGAUGAGGAGAAAAAUAAGAAAAAGAUUUACAAAAUCAUUUAUAAAGAUCCUUUUUAAAAAAAACCUGCUUAGAAACGUAAUAGUGAGGAAGACAUGAAAGAAAUGAUUAAUGAACUGAAAAAUGUUCUUUCGGAUUAAUAAAAAAAAUUAGAAGAGCCGAAUCUAUAAAAUGAAAUUGACUCUGAAGAUUCUAGAAUAUAUUCCGAAGAAUCAAGUGACGAUCUUAGAGAUGAUGCUGAUACCUUACCACCAUAAACAUAAGUUAAUACUUGGAUGUAAAGUAAUUCAGAGGCAGUCAAUAUUUCCAAAUCGUAGCCAGAACCAAGAAAAAAAAUUAGUAGCAAUCAAAGAAGUUUAAAAGAUAAAUUGGUUGUUGAAUUGGGACAACAUUUUGAAUAAUUAUUUAGAUUAGCUAAAUUAUGUUCGCAUUAAGAGGAUUUGGGAAAAUAACAUAUCAAAAUGGCUAUUAUGGAUAAUCUUAGAAUAGAUGAAAAUAGGGCAGAGAUCUGUGCCACUCUCUUGGUUACAUUAGCCACAAUUGGUUACUGA